AUGUAGAAUUCAAAUUAAAAUGUAUCGAAAGUCACUUUCGAUGAUUUAAAAUCAAAUUAAAAGUCUCUCCUUGAAAAGGCGCAGGAAUUGAAGUCAAAACAUGUAGAGCAAUAUGUAGAAGAGGAAGAAAUAGAAGUUGAAGACCCAGAACUAGAUAAUAUGAACUUUAUGACAGUAGUUAAAAAUACUGCUUUAGGAGGACUGAUUGAAAGGAAGGAAUAAAUUAAAGAAAGGGUGAAAACUACAUGGAGAAUACCCAAGGCUUAUAGGACAGUUACUUAGAGGGAGAUUUAAAAAGUGUUAAAAAAAUACAGCGUUCUUUUGGAAGGAUAAAAUACACCUCCUCCCAUUCAAUCAUUCGAAGAAAUGAAGUUUCCCAAAAAAAUUAUUGCAAUUUUAAAAGAAAAAAAAGUAAAGAAACCUACUCCUAUUCAAAUGGUUGGACUUCCUACAGUAUUGCUUGGUAGGGAUAUGAUAGGAAUAGCUCCCACUGGACAGGGUAAAACAAUAGUUUUUUUACUCCCUGCUUUAGUUAUGGCGAUAGAGCAUGAGAUGAAUAUGCCUUUAUUUAGGGGUGAAGGUCCAUUAGCAAUUAUAAUCGUUCCAUCACAUGAACUUGCAAUUUAGACCUAUGAACUAGCAUGUUAUUAUAGCUAGAAGCUCCAAGAAGCUGGUUAUCCUUAAAUUAGAUGCUCUUUGAGCAUUGGUGGUAUGGAUAUGAUGUAACAGAUUGCAUAAGUUAGAGAAGGAGUACAUUUGAUGGUUGGAACACCUGGUAGAACAUCAGACAUGGUUGAUAAACAAAAAUUUAAUAUGAAUUUAUGCAGAUACAUUGUUUUGGACGAAGCUGAUAGACUCUUAGACAUGAUAUUCGAAAAGGAAAUCAGAAAUAUAAUAGAUCACGUUCCCGGUGCCAGAUAAACUUUACUAUUUUCUUCAACAAUGCCUAAGAAAGUUUAAGAUUUUGCUAAAUAAGCUUUGAUUGAUCCAAUAAUAGUUAAUGUCGGAAGAGCUGGCUAAGUUAAUUUGAAUGUCAUUUAAGAAGUUGAGUAUGUGAAAUAAGAAGAAAAGUUAUAAUACCUUAUAUCAUGUCUUUAAAAAACAAAGCCUCCAGUUUUAAUAUUUUGCGAUAAGUCUAAUGAUGUAGACGAUAUCCACGAGUAUCUGCUUUUAAAAGGAAUAGAUGUCACUUCUUUACAUGGAGGAAAAAAAUAGGAAGAAAGAACAAAGGCAAUGAAGGAGUUUUAAUAAAGCUAGAAAGAUGUUCUUGUUGCUACAGAUAUUGGGGCGAAAGGGUUAGAUUUUCCAAACGUUUAGCAUGUAAUUAACUUUGAUAUGCCAAAAGAAAUAGAAAGUUACGUUCAUAGAAUUGGAAGAACAGGAAGAUUGGGUAAAACUGGAAGAGCGACAACAUUUGUAAAUAAAUAACAAGAUGAAAAUAUAUUAAGUGACUUAAAGAUGCUUCUAAUGGAAGCUAAAUAACCUAUCCCACACUUCUUGAAAUAAAUCACGCAUGAUAGUUAAACUGGAGGUUGUGGUUUUUGUGGUGGACUAGGUCAUACUAUUCAUAAUUGUAAUAAGCUUGAGCAAUAAAAGAUGAAAGCUCUGACAGUGAGUGCUUAACAGAAUUCAAAAGAGGAGCUUAAAUAAUAUUUACCUGAUUAGCAUCCUUUAAAAGUAAGCAUCCCAUUAGUAAAAAAAGAUUGA